AUGAUUCCCUCUGAUCCCGAGUUUACCAAUCUUAGUGUUGUUGUCGACAGCAAAAAUAUUGCAAUUGAGCCGAAAGAAACUUUUCUUCCUAAGAAUUCGUUGCUCACCCAUUGUUUUUGCCAGACUGAAAUAUGUCAAUGCGGUUCCGAAAUAGGAGUAACAGAGUCGAAUGUUAAAAGCAUUUUUGCACAUUUGGGUUUUCCUAGUGGAAGGGAUGCAAUGAUUUCAGAAGGUUAUAGAAUGGAUGUACUCCAUAUUUGGGGCACUCACGAUUUGAGUACGAAUGAUAUCUUAAAAUGGCUUGAUGAUUAUAAUCCAAAGGGAGUUGAAUGGAUUGAUGACUCGUCAUGUAAUGUUCUCUUAAAUGACGAAAACACAGUCCUCAGAAUUCUCAAUAAACUUUCUGAACCUUUUGACCAACGAAUAGCACUUGCUGCUAUGGCAGCAAUCGUUUCUACAAUGGAUGGUGAGCAGAAUAAAUUUUCACCCAUGCCUAAGGAAACAAGUGCUCAUCUUUUGGGUGGAUCUGCCGAUAAUCUGAUGCCUCCAAAUGGUCGGUGGUUCAAGUCGAUCUCUUGUCCUGAACGGGCUUUCUGCAUCUAUUUUAGAAUUGCGCACAAAGGCGACGUUAAGCUCCCUGGCGCAGAGCGUCGUAGUAAUUAUUAUCGGCGCUAUGGGAAUCCCAACUACGGGGGUGCGAUUGGGCUCCUGUCGCGAUCUUAUCGACGUCGAGUAAAAACAGUCAUACCCACGCCAACCACCACUGAUGUUCGCUGUGUCAACGUGAGGGAUCUUGUUUCCUACGAGGAUGUUGAUAACGACGUACAUGGAUUGGCUUUGCAUCUUCAGCGUGGAAGUAGUAUUAUCGACUCAGAGGAAGAAGAUUAUCCCACGCAAAGGCAAGAUUUACCCUCUGGACGAAGGAGAGAGGCCGUCGCAAGUGGUUUGUCUAAACCACCGAGAAAUCCUCCACCGAAGUGGCCCCGUCGUUCCACUGCGGGUUAUUCACCAUCAUCAGACGCUACCUCUGUAUUCCAUCCACCUUCCACAGCGUCCCAGUCACUCAAUUUCGAUUUCGGCCGAGUGAACGUCAAAGAACGUCUGGGAAGUCGUAGUGGUGCACAUCUCCUCGCAACUGUGACAAUUUUGCCUGAGAGAAAAAAUGACAACUCAGUAGGUCCACUGAAAAUGCUCACUUCCUUCACCAUGGUAGCUGACUUGGAAGAAGAGAUGGCAAAAACUAGACAGCAAUUGCGAAGUGACAAUAUCUUCGAUCAACCUGGGUGA